UCCCGCCUCAUUUGCAUGGCUCUUAUUACGGCCGUGCCUCGCUCCCGCCGCGCUGACACCGCCGGGCUGAGCGCGGAGUCGCCUCCGCCAACGGAAGCGCACUUCCGUUAUCUGCGCGCCCGCGCCCCCUCCUCAGCUCGCUCUCUCUGGAUGUUUAAGGCGAGGAUGAACAAACAGGUCCAGCCCGAGCGCAAAGUGUCGGUGGUGGCCCCCUUGCCGGACCGCGCGGGGCCGCCGCCGCCGCCGAAGAAGGACGUGGAGCUGAUCCUGGUGAAGGAGCACAACGGGGUGCAGUACACCAGCAGCAGCCUCCUGCCCACUGCCCCCGCGCCGCGGGGCACCCAGGACAGGGAGACCUGGGGCAAGAAGAUCGACUUCCUCCUCUCCGUCAUCGGCUUCGCCGUGGACCUGGCCAACGUCUGGCGAUUUCCAUACCUCUGCUACAAAAAUGGAGGGGGUGCUUUUCUUAUUCCCUACAUCCUCUUCUUAAUCAUUGCUGGAAUGCCCUUGUUCUAUAUGGAAUUAGCACUGGGACAAUAUAACCGAGAAGGGGCUGCCACUGUUUGGAAAAUCUGUCCAGUUUUCAAAGGUGUAGGCUAUGCAGUGAUACUCAUAGCUCUUUAUGUGGGUUUCUACUACAACGUUAUCAUAGCUUGGUCUCUGUAUUAUCUAUUUUCAUCAUUCACAUUUGAGCUCCCUUGGACAAACUGCCACAACAGCUGGAACAGCCCAAACUGUACAGAUCCAAAACUCUUCAAUGCAUCAGUGCUUGGCAAUGGUACUAAAUACUCCAAGUACAAGCUCACUCCUGCAGCUGAAUUUUAUGAGCGAGGAGUUCUGCACCUGCACGAGAGCCGUGGGAUCCAUGACCUUGGCUUGCCUCGCUGGCAACUUGCCCUCUGCCUCUUGGUGGUGGUAAUCAUUCUUUUCUUUAGUCUGUGGAAAGGCGUGAAGACUUCAGGAAAGGUUGUUUGGAUAACAGCCACUUUGCCUUAUGUUGUAUUAUUUGUCCUAUUAAUACAUGGAAUAACCCUGCCUGGUGCAUACAAUGGAAUAAAUGCAUACCUGCAUAUAGAUUUCAGAAGAUUAAAAGAAGCCACAGUAUGGAUUGAUGCAGCUACUCAGAUAUUUUACUCCUUAGGAGCUGGGUUUGGUGUUUUAAUUGCAUUUGCCAGUUACAAUAAGUUUGACAACAACUGCUACAGGGAUGCUUUGCUGACUAGCACCAUUAACUGUGUCACAAGCUUCAUCUCAGGAUUUGCCAUUUUCUCCAUAUUGGGCUACAUGGCUCAUGAGCACAAAGUUAAAAUUGAGGAUGUAGCUACUGAAGGAGCUGGUUUAGUUUUCAUCCUGUACCCAGAGGCAAUUUCAACUCUUUCAGGAUCUACAUUUUGGGCUGUGGUGUUCUUCAUCAUGCUCCUUACACUUGGUAUCGACAGUUCUAUGGGUGGGAUGGAGGCUGUCAUCACUGGCUUGGCAGAUGAUUUCCACCUUCUGAAGCAGCACAGAAAGCUUUUCACCUUUGGUGUUUCUUUUGGCACUUUCCUACUUGGUCUUUUUUGCAUUACCAAUGGUGGAAUUUAUGUGCUCACACUUCUGGACACAUUUGCAGCUGGGACUUCAAUAUUGUUUGCAGUUCUAAUGGAGGCAAUUGGAGUUUCCUGGUUUUAUGGUGUAGACAGAUUCAGCGAAGACAUCCAACAAAUGAUGGGCUUCAAACCAGGCCUCUACUGGAGACUGUGCUGGAAAUUUGUUAGUCCUGCUUUUUUAUUGUUUGUUGUGAUAGUCAGCAUAAUAAAUUUCAAACCUCUGACCUAUGAUGACUACACCUUCCCUCCAUGGGCAAACCGCAUUGGCUGGGGAAUAGCAUUAUCCUCCAUGAUCCUUGUGCCUGCCUAUAUCAUCUAUAAAUUUAUGAAUGUGCGUGGGACCUUUAAAGAAAGACUAGCUUACUGCAUCACGCCUGAAAACGAGCACCAACUCGUGGCCCAAGGAAAUGUCAGGCAGUUUAAGCUCCAACACUGGCUAGCAAUAUGACAACCAACAGAUCAAGGAAAAAGCCCACAUUCAGCUAAACUGAGAAUACAGAAAAGUCAAGUUCAAAGCUCCCUCACUUAUGCUUGGGCCAGGCUGGCCCAGAGCUUAUCUACUGACUCCAUGAGGGAAGACAUCUGCUCUCUGUUGUCAAUGCCUCCCUUCUAUUACUUGGCUUCAAAUAAUCUUUAAAGACUCCAUUUAAGUUUUCUUGCAUCCUUUGGUGCCAUGAGAUCCCUACAUGACCAAAACUUGUGAGUUUUGCUAUAGGCAGUAGAGGAGGGGGGAGCAGAGGAAAAGAACAAUCAGCAAAAAUUAAGUGCUUUUUUAUUGUGAAGACGUGAAUUAAACUUCUCUGACAGUAAUAACUUCUUCAGAUAUUCAUGCCACAACCUAUUUUAAACCAAAACCACCUGAGUGCUGUCAGAUCUAAGGAAAGAAUACACCUCAGUUAUGACAAAAGAGCAAUUUUAACUAUGUCCUCAUGUCAUUAGCUUUCUUGCCAUACUGUCCUUUGGGAUGUGAGUUUGCAUCCUUCUGAAGUGAAGACUCAGUGCUUCAUUUUCAGUGGUUUGUUAUUAGUUCGUUCUCUUGGUGAAGAACAUUGUCUUUGCUGUACAUAUCUAUGCCAUUUUCUGACCAGUUUAAUUACACUGAAGCUGAAGGGCAGCAGGAAGAGAAUUCCUGUUAGGUUACUAGUGCAGAACACAGCUUAAUAUCACAGUGUACUUCAUGAAAGAGAUAUUCCCUUAUAUCAUCAAUUGGAAUGGCUUUAUCAUAUGAUCCACACUCUGCAGACUUUUCCAGCUAAGCAUGAAAGUUACAUCCAAAUAGACAGACUCUCCUAUUUUUGUUGUAUUUUGUUCCAAAUAAAGAAUGUAAAAUACAUAAGUGAUAAUUUAAAAAUUAUAUAAUUACCAAGUGGCACAAAAAACCAAAUUCACAAAUUACCCUGCUGUGAACAUAUUAUAAUUUAACCAGGAUUCACCUACCAAAACAUAGUAAGAUUUUGUUGAAUAACUUAAUUAUAUAUCAGGCACAGUCAGCUCUCUAAACCUAUUCCCAAUCUGUUCUCUAGUAGUAUUAUGCAAAGUAGAAGAUACAGAACAAACUCUGCUUUUGGGUGCUGUUCUUAUUCUGUGGUCACUUGUCACUGUAGUACCUUCCAAGUGAUCACUACAUUCAGUAGCUUUGAAUUAGUUCUUGUGAUUAUUUAUCACUAGGUCUACAGUAAUUUUCUGAGGCAGUAGCUUCUCCGCUGGAUCCAACACAGUUUACCUCUGGACAUUACCUCUGGUGUUUUUUGUCUCUAUACAUUCAGUUGAGCUUGUCUUUUAAAUGUAUGUAGUGCUUCCUCUUUUUUAAAAAAAAGACCAUUUCAAUGGAUCUUUUUUAUUUAUGAAACAAUUUUUGUUGAGUUGUUUUCUUUUUUAAAAUAGCCAAGUUUUAAAGUGCCAAGUGCUUUGGGGCUUUUUCUAUUUAACAUCGAUUUCUGUUCAAAAUAAUGAAAGGGAAAUUUCUCUCCUUAUUCAUUCUUUUCCUCCAAAUAUUCAAUACUUCAGAGCAAAUCAAGUGUUGUCCUUCUCUUGAAGAGUCUCUGUGACAAACAGUUUUAUUUAAAUAGGGAUUUGAACCCAAAGAAUACUUUCUUCUAAUUAUAAAGGAAGUUUUAUUUUCUGGCCCCAGUGAUGGCCAACAGCUGCUUAAACCUCAUUAUUAAAUAUAUUUCAAUAAUAAAGGAAUUCCAAAUGUUGCAGUUCUAAUGCUGUAAUUACACAAGAGGCUAAAUAGUGAAAAUAUGUUGAAGGCUUUGAAAAAAUCAUCCCACCAACUUCUCAGUUAAUCUCAUUUUUAUUGCUUGCCAAACAUCAUGAGAAUCUUUCCAUAUUUUUUAGCCUACUUUUCAAAAAUACAGCUGCUUCAGUCACUGUCUUGGCAGGGCUCAAAAGCUUCUCUGCAUAGAUGCAACUACCAAGUUUAGAAACUUCUAGGGGCUGUUUAAUAUGGAGCUUUAAUAGGUUGUCACUUUACACAUUGUUUGGUUGGUUCAUGAUUGGAAAUGCUAAAAAUCUCCACCAAUGUUCAGUUGUGGAGUCCAUCAGCACCAUCCCUACAGCACAACCCAUGCAGGAAAAGUUACAUUUCCUCACCACUCUGCUCUGAUAUAGAAGCAAAGCUACCAUCCAUGGGAAUAAAUCAGCUUUAGCCAGCGUGUUUGAGUUUGAUUGUAUUCUUAAUGUGAACUCCUAAGGCAAUUACCCACUGCAUUAUUUUUAUUUCUGUUACUGUAUAACUUCUUGGGUUUAAUAUAGUAUUUAUAGCUCAGGACUACAUUGCACUUAUUGCCACCUUUUUCUGAGGUUUUCUAGGUAAAGAACUUGCAAUCUUUACUGAAGUCAAAAGUCUUACCAAAGGAAGUAGGGAUCUUAUUACCAGAACUAGCCUGAAUGAAAAUGACAAUACACACUGCAUGACUGCAGAGGCAGACUUUAAAUUCAAGAUAUUGCCCAAAGAAAGUCUCCCUCCAAAUAAUAUGACUUCUGUCCUAAAGACAAAUAUCUUAAAUUCUCCAAAGAAUAAGAUGAUUAACUACCUCGUGCCUCUUGGAUGAUGAAUGAUGCCAUUAGACACAAACUAGCAUCUAUACAAAUGACAAAUACUUCUGUGAAGACCAGGUUAUGUUCAUUUCCUCCACUCAGUGAUAUGGUACAGACAGGCCAAUAAGAAGCCAUAGCAUGGGCACCCACCUCCUCUUACCCACCUGCUUUGGGCCCCCAGGUACAUUUUCAAUAUGGAAAAUAUCAAAUGCCACAGAGAUACUCCUCUCCCUUUGGUUAAAACACCUGUACUUAAAAAACAAGACCAAAGACUCCAGUCAGGUCUUUAUCAUCCAUGUCACUUAACUGCAAGUCUUCCCCUAACUCUAUCUUGACUUUUCAGCCCCGCAGCUCACCCUUUCCCUCAGCUGCACCUGUUUCAAGAGGAGACCCUCUCUGGGGAAUGCCACUCUCCCAGAUAUCCCCAUGGAAUUGUGUGUAUAUUCUGUCUGAGUAGGUAGCCCACUUUUUAAAGAAGAAAAUUUUUGGUACAAGUUGCAGAAUCAUCUGCUUGUUAAUUAUGUUUGUUUUUUGGGUAACAAACCCGUGGAAAGAAUUCAAUGAAGCUGUUAAAGAGCUCAUUUGACAGUUCUAGAAAAUAUUUCCUCAAAAGCCUUUUCUUAAUCUGAUAAAGGAAGCAGCUGUCAUAUAUCAGUAUCUCUCUUCUGAUCUUUCUUUUGACCAGUGAAAAAGACUUGCCUGAUGAUGUUUCAUCAAUCCACAGAAAGUUAGUUAGCACCAAGGAGAGAGACCCUCCAUUCUCUCUUUGUACCCUACCCCGCCGUCAUUCAGCCAGACAAUUCUUCACAUCCUUGGAACUAUUCUAAAGCUACAUUACUAAAACACCACAGAUUUAAAUUUCUGGAAGAAACAGUGGGCCUUUUAGGGCAAUAGUCCAAAAAGCACUAGUACUAUUUAUUAUUGGGCCCCUGUUUGACCAAUACCUUUUUUAUCAGUUCUUGUGCUCAAUCAUGACCUGAGACAUACACCCUGGCAACACUUGAAAGACAUCUUACCAUAGUGAGGGAUUCUGCAGGAUAUCCAGGAUCAAACAUGAUAUUUUAAAUUUAGAAAGUAGGAGAAUUAUUUGGCUGUUACUACUGAGCACAUUCCCUGACUGCAUGUGCAAUGUGUUUUAUGUACUUUUCCCAAAGGAAAUUUCCUGUACUCGGCCAUUUCUUCUCAGCAAAAUACCAUUUAACUGUUACUAUUUAAAAGGGGCAAGCCCAAAUAUUUUUUAUAUACAUUUACUUUUCAUACUAUUGUUUUGACAUAAAUUAAGUGUAUUUUGUACUGUUAGGUUGUAGGAGGCCACAAAGUUAUUUUGCUGUUAAUGUCUCUUUUGCAGUUCUUUCAAUUAAUACAGGAUUAAUUAGCAGAUACUUGCUUUUAUGGGAGUAGAUAGCUUUCAUUCAUAUCCUGGACUGCUUCACUAAAUUUCACAAGGAUUUGGCAAAUGUUCAAGUAUUUCUUUCCUAAGAACCAAAUUAAAACUGUAGUUCAACAAUUUCAAAAGAGGUGAGACUUAAAAAUAUUUUAUUUGCAGUGCCACAUUAAAACAUUUUAAAAUGAGCCUGAAGGACCCAGACAUUAGAAAGCUAUCACAGUUCAACAAAUGACAAUAUAUAACCCUACCUGCAGAAAUUGUGUGAACCCUGAGCCUCUUGGAGCAGUAAACUAGGACUUUUUUGUUCUAACACAGUUCAUUUUCUCAAUACUAGGAAUAUCUGUGGUCCACAGAUCACCUCAUGUAAGAGCCCAAUUUUUUUAAUGUGAAGGCUAACAUGAUGCUUCAGAUUAAACCCCUGAACAACUUGGGAGACUUUCUCAGCUACUUCCUCUGACUCAUAUCCACAUUCCUGUUGGUGACUGUGAGCUUACCUAGAUAAUCAGUGGAAAGUGAUUAAUUUGUACAGUAGUACUGAUCAAAUUUAGACCAAAUUUAGGCGCAUCUAAAUUCAUCAGAGACUACUAAAGAGAGUUGCAUAGGUAAUAAAAGCAUUCAAUCAGUAAAAACAUAACAAGGUAAUACAGUCACUUUUAAGUACAGCAUUUGAUUGGCUUCCUUCACCACUAAAAACCAGAAUGUGCUUAGAGAGAUUGCAGUGACUGUGGGGCUGACAAGCAGAAGCAGGCCAAGGAACUGAAGACUCCAGAUGUGGCAGCAGCUCUCUGGCCACAGAGAGCAGGCACAGACUUCCCAGGGAAGGCUGUGAGAAGAUCAGAGAAAAGAAUGAGAAACAAUUCUGAUCUCCACUUGUUGCACCUGCUGUUGUGCACAUGUGGAAUGUGUCGUGGAGAUUUGUUUACCAAAGGGUGAUUUCUUAACUGGACACUGGAUGGUGUUUGGAUGGAUUGACCAAUUAGGUCAAAGCUGUAUCAAACUGGCUGGAAGAGUAACUGAGUUUCUUAAUAAGUAUAGUAUAAUAUAGUAUAAGAUGAUAAAAAAAAGCAAUUGAUCAGCCUUCUACAAUCAUAGAGCCAAUGCUAAUUAUUACCCGGUUGGGGGCCUGUGGCAACAACCAGAAGGCUGCAAAAGACACAGCUAUGAUUGUGCUCAGUGCAAUUGUGCUCUUAGAAGGACAGGGAGGUCUCUAGAUCUGAGUGGCUGGGAAGAGCAGGGGUUAAAUGGAGAGUUUUAACCCUUGUGUACAUUAACCAUGAACUGCAUUCAUUCCCGUAACAACAGGGGGCCUUUCCUGCCCAAGCACUCGCAGCAAGAUGGAGUCACCCCUGUGCUUUGCUUUCCUCCUUUAAGGCGUUUCUUCAGCUGCUGUACUAAACAUGAGUUGCCUAAUUUCAUUAUAAGGAAACAGAAUAAAUUCAGUGAAUUGAGAGAAUUACUAAGCCUUAAGCUGGCUUUCUUUUGCAGGUGUCAUGUUGUUUCUUGGUCACUGCCAAGAGGCAUUAAGCUUGAAGGUGACCUGCAUCUGUAAUUUACCUUGUACUCUCUGUGAACCUUUCUGCAAGACUUAGCUCUCCUUUGCUAUGGGCAAUAUCAGUUACAAAGGGAGAACCUCCAAACAAUACAUUUUGAAAAUAAAUCCUAGUAGGUCUAAUGAAGAUUUGCCUUACAAAUAAAAGCUUUACAGUAAGCAUUUACUUGGUUUACACCAGUGUUUUACUUAAUUUUUAAUGCCUUUUUAUAGCAGUGACUAGACUUUAACUUCAAUAAGGGUACCUCUGUAUAGGAAAUAUUUUAAUAUUUUUACCAGUUUUUUUAAUUUUCAUAGAAUAUAUGUAUAUUGUAAGGCGAGAAAUUAAACUUUGAUGUAACAAGGUUAUCACACAAGACCUAUCUCUUCAUUACACGAUUUUGUAGUCAGCCAGUCUAGUUCAAUAAUAUGUUGGCCUUUGAUUAUAAAUGUAAAAAUGUGAUACAGGAGAAUAGAACAUGACCUACAGAUAAUGCACAUUGUAGCACAAUAUUCUCCAUUGCUGCCUUAAUCUCAUGGAAUGAAGUCAUGUGUUUUUAAUUUAUAUUCUAAAGACAAACCAAAAAUCCAGAGUACCUUUUGUCUGCAAUUUUGUGUUGUUAGAUGACUUAACAUUGAAGCAAAUGUGUUAGUGUCCAGUAGAUCUACUUCCAAAGCAAGAGAACACUUUGCAGUUUUCAGGAAUAAGUCUUCAUAGGAUCUCUAAACUUGCCACUAGUAAAAAUACUCUCCAAAGUGCCCCAGUGACCAAAAGUUUUCAAACACAGCCACCGCGUUUCCAUGCCCAAUUCCAUUAAUUGUGCAAUCUGCAGGUCAAUUUUGCCUUUUUUUUUUAAGUCUUUGGUUAUCUGGGGGAAAUGGCAUUUCAAAUUUUUUUCGUUAAUUUUUGGGUUUAUUUCCCAAGGGAGACACUUACAUGUCCAUGUGUAUAAUUAGAAACACCUGCAUUUCUUAUAAAUAUGGAUAUGGAUGUGUGUGAUGUGUGCUGGUUAACUAUACUUAAAAUGCUGAUAAAGAUGGUGAAUGUAAAGUAUUUGUCCUCAUACCUCUGUCUUUCUGUGAUCAGUGUAAAUAAGAACUGUUUUAAGCUGUGCAUUAAUGUAACAGAUUAUGCCAAUAUUGUGUAUAAAAUUAUUUAAAUAGAAUCUGAAAAAUAUGCACAUAAAAAGAGUAUAAAGAAAAGGAUUAUGUACCAAGAAUUUACUUCUGUCAAUUAAAAGCUGAAAUGAAA